CUCCGCGUACUCUUCCAGCCAGCCCAGGAACCAGAUGGUUCCUUUCCGACCUCCCGGCCCCGCCUCGACCCCUCGGGGCUGGUCCCGGUCCUGGUUCUUUGUAGCAUCUUGUCUGGGGCCGCGGGAACCUUUUGGCCCGCCAAGCCCUGAAGGCAGAUGGCCCUUCUUCAAACCAAUAAGGAUCUCAUUGCUACAGGAAUGAAGGAAUUUAACAUUCUGCUAAAUCAGCAGGUCUUCUCUGCUCCUGUUGUCCCUGAAGAAGACAUGGUGACUGUGGUGAAUGACUGGGUGAACUUCUACAUCAGCUAUUAUAGGAAGCAGAUGGUGGGGGAGCAGCAAGAGCAGGACAAGGCUGUGCAGGAGCUUCGGCAAGAGCUGAAUACUCUGUCUGCCUCUUUCCUGGACAAAUACAGGAACUUCCUGAAGUCCUUGUGAGCACCCGAUCGCAGGCUGCCUUCCUCCUAGCCGGGAGACCCAGGCUUGUCUGAGACCCUUAAAUGCUGCCUCUGUGUCUUCAAGGCCUCAGGCUCUGCCCCUUCAUGGUGUUACUGCACCCUGACACCUCAAUAAAGACCAGUACUGGUUUUGGUGGUUUUCCUGGC